AUGGCUCCAGGAGCUUUUCCCCGGCUCUCCAGCAAGCUCAAGUUCAGUCUGAGCGCUAUUAGUCGUGAGCAGGCGACCAUGGACGGGGUGAUUGUGAUCUGCAAGGUCUCAAUAGACGAGGCAACUGAGAGCCUGGAGAAGUACCAAGACAGAAUUGGAAGACAAAGAAAAUAUCUCGUCAUGCAGGAGUCGAGACCUCUCGCAAGGACAAUGAGAUGGAGGUCCUAG